AUGUACACGAACUUUUUCAAUUUGGGAUUCAAGGGAAAGACUUUGAAGGAUUUACUUUGGCGAGCUGCUAAGUCAACUGCAUUGGUUGACCACAGACAGUGGAUACAACAGAUUCUCCAACUCAGUGAAGGUGCCCAUAAAUGGUUAACAGAGAGGCCUGCGGCCAAAUGGAGUAAAUCUCAUUUCAAAACACAGUUGAAAAGUGACAUCUUGUUGAACAAUUUGUGCAAAGUUUUCAACAAGAUGUUGAUUGAUGAUAGGAAGAAGUUAAUCAUAACGAUGUCGACAGAUUUACAAUUAGCGUUCAUGGUAAGGAUCGAGAAACGCCAAAGAAAGAUGAUGAGAUAUGGAGGGCAAUUGUGUUCGAGAAUAAAAAAAAAAUUGGUCAAGAUAACUGAGAUGGCCAAUGAAUGCACAUUACAUUUUUCAGGAAGGCCUAGGUGGCAAGUGGAUUGCAAAUAUAGGACAUAUGUCAUCGACUUGGAAGAGCAGAGUUGUGCUUGUAGAAGGUGGGAGUUGACAGGAAUUCCAUGUAGUCACGCUAUUGCCGUUAUACGGGAGACUAGAAAUGAAAUUGAGGAUUUCGUGGACAACUACUACACCGCUGAUACAUAUUUGAGAUGCUAUGAUCACAUUAUGAAUCCAAUUAAUGGGAGACGAUUAUGGCCUCGAUUAGACACUCUUCCUAUCUUUCCACUUUUAUGGAAUACCCCACAAAGGGGAAGAAAGCAAAAUAAAAGGAGGAAACAAGCCGAGGAAGAUGUUAUCGAAUGCUCCCAUGGACGAUCACAUGUUAGGAAAAAAGGAAUGGUGUCCAUGACAUGCUCAAUCUAUGGAUUAAAGGGCCACAAUAAAAGAUAUCACUCAAGGUUUGAUGCACCUUUCAACGGAAAAUUGGUGCCAGACCGAGGGUAUGGAGCUGGUUUGAGCCAACCACAUAAAGAGUUUCAAAGUUUUCAAUUCAUGCCCACACCUAGCAUUGGGAACCAACAUCAAACAAUUUUUCAGGAUGAAGUGCCAGCAGCUUCUAUCCCAUUUAGUGAAAUUGGACCAUCGUCUCACACAUAA